AUGUGGAACCCUUGGCGAGAAAAUCUUAAGGACACUCCCAAAGAGUCUCUAAACUGGAGACUCUGGUAUGGCGUCUUCGUCUUCGGCCUGAUGGGUGCUGCUCGCGGCAUCGAUGAAGGUCUAAUCGGCACAACUGCGGAACUGAAGCCCUUCCAGGAUAAAUUCGGCCUCAAAGAUCCUUCUAAAUCCAAGCACGACCGAGCGGAACUACUCUCCAACAUCACUUCCAUGGUCCAGAUGGGAUCUAUCCUCGGUGCACUUAUUGCCUUCUACCUUACGGACAAGAUUGGAAGAUUAUGGGCAACAAGGCAAUUGUGUUGUUUGUGGGUACUAGGGAUUAGUAUUUUCCUGGCUAGUGCGAGGACGGGAAAUCUUGGAAUGGUAUAUGCGGGGAGGUUUAUUGCAGGGAUUGGGAUCGGACAGACAACAGUUGUGGCACCGACGUAUUUGGCGGAGACCGCGCCGAGGGCCAUCCGGGGACUUUGUGUUUGUGCGUUUGCUGGUGCGGUUUAUAUUGGCAUCAUGCUCGCCUAUUUCGCGUCUUGGGGAUCUUCGAUUCAUAUCUCGUCGAAGACGGAUGCGCAAUGGCUUGUUCCAAACAGCAUGCACUUGAUGUUUGCUGGCAUAAUCUUUACUCUUUCCUUCUUCUCACGCGAGUCUCCACGCUGGCUCAUCAAAGUUAGUCGACAUGAAGAAGCCCUGGAAACACUUUCUCGCUUACGUCAACUGCCAUCCGACCACCCCUAUGUUACUAGCGAAAUCAUUGAUAUUAACGACCAGCUAAACCGCGAACGAGAAGCUACUAUGGGUACUAGUUGGCUCGGUCCGAUUAGAGAGCUAUUUGCUAGCAAAGGGAAUCUGUACAGGAUCCAGUUGAGCAUCAUGUCGCAGUUGCUUGCCCAAUGGUCUGGUGCUAAUAGCAUCACUAUUUACGCCCCGCAAUAUUUCGAGAUGAUGGGCACAACAGGCCAAAACGAAAAACUCUUCGCAACCGCCAUCUUCGGGCUCGUCAAGUUCAUCUCCAGCAUCUUAUGCGCCUUCUUACUUAUCGACCUCAUCGGACGCAAGCGCGCUCUCUCCUCCGGCAUAACGCUCCAGCUCUUCGCAAUGCUGUAUAUGGCGAUCUUCCUCCUCAUUGAUAACAACAUCGCCGACAAAGAUGUCGCGCAAACUCCCUCCCAGAAACGAGCGGCAACGGGCGCCAUUGUCAUGAUCUAUUUCUCCGGGUUCGGCUGGGCGUUGGGCUGGAAUAGUAUUCAGUAUUUGAUCAACAGUGAGAUUUAUCCGUUGAGGUUGAGGGCACUGGGCGGGAGUAUUGCGAUGACGUUUCAUUUUGUUAAUCAGUAUGGGAAUUCGAAGGCAGAAGUUAAUCGAGGGUGUAUACAGGCGGUCCCGCUUAUGUUCCUAGCCAUGACUACCGGAGGAACCAUGCUCUUCUUCAGCUGUGUGACGGCUAUCGGUUUAGCUUGGGUGUGGUUUUUCCUGCCAGAGACUACAGGUAAAUCCCUCGAGGCUAUGGAUGAGAUGUUCAAUCUGCCAUGGUAUCUUAUCGGCCGUAAGGGUGCGCAGCUUACGCGCGGAAGUGGAGGGAUCGCGGAGGUUAUGGAUGUUGAGGGCGAGAAAGCUGCUGCCGCGCAGAUGGAAAAGGUCUCAGGCACGAGGGAGGUUGAGAGAGUGGGGAGUCAGACGGCAGAGCUGAAGGUUUAAGUUAGUUAAACUGGGAAUGAGUGGAUGGGCUAAUUUACGGAGGUUCGCUGUGGCGAGUGAACAAUCUGGAAGUUAAAGGCAAGGUCUUCUACCCCGAAGCUAAGCCAACAAACUAUAGGUUUCAAGCACAAUCAACC